AAGAAAAAUCCAUGAGCAACAGGUGUCUGUGACUCUUUCUCUCUUCAAUCUCUAGCAGCCCCUUCCCAUCCUCUCUUUGUCCAUUAAUGGCGGCCAAUACUUCGUUGUCCCCUAGUCUGUCCUCUCCGACUCCGCCGUCUAAAUCUCUAAAAUCUUCAUCCAAAUUAUUGUCAUCUAAAGUGGGUUUGGGAUUUCUAUCCUCUAAUUCCUAUAAGCCACUUAAAGCUAAUAAGAAUGGCAGUAACAGUAAUGGCGGCUCAGCUGUCGGUGCUCGUAUGGUAUCAGUGCCUACUGUGAAGCCUACCUUUUCUCUUGACUUUGAAACCUCUGUUUUCAAGAAGGAGAAGGUCUCUCUAGCUGGACGUGAUGAGUACAUAGUGAGAGGAGGGAGAGAUUUAUUCAAGCUGCUUCCAGAUGCAUUCAAGGGAAUUAAGCAGAUUGGAGUCAUCGGUUGGGGUUCUCAGGGUCCUGCCCAAGCUCAAAAUUUAAGGGAUUCUCUGGCCGAAGCCAAGUCUGAUAUUACAGUAAAGAUUGGACUCAGGAAGGGAUCCCGUUCGUUUGCUGAAGCUCGUGCUGCUGGUUUUACCGAGGAGAAUGGAACUUCAGGUGAUAUAUGGGAAACGAUUUCAGGCAGUGACCUUGUGAUGCUAUUGAUAUCUGAUGCAGCACAGGCCGAUAAUUAUGAAAAAAUUUUCUCCUAUAUGAAACCAAACAGCAUACUUGGACUUUCCCAUGGAUUUCUACUUGGCCAUUUACAGUCAAUGGGAAUUGACUUCCCAAAAAACAUUAGUGUGAUUGCUGUGUGUCCCAAAGGAAUGGGUCCAUCUGUGAGAAGACUCUAUGUCCAAGGCAAAGAGAUAAAUGGUGCUGGAAUUAAUUCUAGUUUUGCGGUCCAUCAGGAUGUUGAUGGUAGAGCAACAGAUGUUGCCUUGGGAUGGUCAGUUGCCCUUGGUUCACAUUUCACUUUUGCCACUACAUUAGAACAGGAGUAUAAGAGUGACAUCUUUGGGGAGCGCAUUUUACUUGGUGCUGUCCAUGGAAUUGUGGAGUCCUUGUUUCGACGAUAUACUGAAAAUGGAAUGACCGAAGAUGAAGCUUACAAGAAUACUGUGGAGUGCAUAACAGGAAAUAUAUCCAAAACCAUAUCAACCAAGGGCAUGUUGGCUGUGUACAAUUCCUUUUCUGAAGAAGACAAAAAACUAUUUGAGAUUGCAUAUAGUGCUUCAUACUAUCCUUGCAUGGACAUUUUGUACGAGUGCUAUGAAGAUGUAGCCUCCGGUAGUGAGAUCCGCAGUGUUGUCUUGGCUGGGCGUCGCUUCUAUGAGAAAGAUGGUCUGCCAGCUUUCCCAAUGGGUAAAAUCGAUCAAACUCGGAUGUGGAAGGUUGGUGAGCAAGUACGAUCGGCUCGUCCGGUGGGGGAUCUAGGACCAUUAUAUCCUUUCACUGCCGGCGUUUAUGUGGCAUUAAUGAUGGCUCAGAUUGAAAUAUUGAGGAAGAAAGGGCACUUGUACUCUGAAAUAAUUAAUGAAAGUGUGAUCGAGUCUGUGGAUUCUUUGAAUCCAUUUAUGCAUGCUCGUGGAGCUUCUUUUAUGGUUGACAAUUGCUCAACAACUGCUAGACUGGGAUCAAGAAAAUGGGCACCUCGUUUUGAUUAUAUCCUUACCCAGCAAGCUUUUGUAGCUGUGGACAAUGGUGCUCCUGUAAAUCGUGAUCUCAUCAGCAACUUCCUAUCAGACCCAGUGCAUGGAGCCAUUGAGGUUUGUGCCCAAUUAAGACCUACUUUGGACAUUUCAGUGCCACCGGAUGCCGACUUUGUGAGACCAGAGUUGCGCCAAUCUAGCAAUUGAGAUGCAGAGUUGAAACUUUAGCUUGAAUGGCUAUUUGAAGCUAGCUUUGAACGUUUUGUUUUUUUGUUUAGCUGUGAGACAUGGCCAUUUAUGAGUUAGUAUUGGGUGAAUGUGGUUUUUGCUAUCUAGAUGUUGGAAGAACUCCCUUAGCACGGUUUAGUAAGAGAAAUAUGAGAAGAGCCUGUCUUUUGGUGUCAGUAUUGUAUCUUUUGAAACCAAUAAAAAUAAGUGACUUAGGCUUUGAGAAGUAAA